AUGGGAGCCAAGUCAAAGUACGUCAUUGUUCAACUAGCAAGUGUCAUAACUGGUUCUACAAGAGUGUGGGUACGGGAGAGAGCUGCAGAGAAAUUCUCAGGGAUAUUUUAUGAUCCAGCUCGUUGGAGCGUUAAACUUCUCAUUCCUUUAUAUUUGUGUGUUCUGACGGUUUUUGAUCAGAUGGAACACAUGGAGGCUGGCGAGCCUGAGGUUGGAGCGUUAAACUUCUCAUUCCUUUAUAGUAGCGAUACGAUAUGGCGCUGUUUUAGGUCCUUAAAAAGCAAAGCCGACACAUUCUUGUUAGUUGGUCUCAGCGAUUCUGGCAAAACACACAUUUUUGGUAAAAUCGCCAACAAAAAUAAUGAGCCUGUGACUUAUACGUCAUUCCAGGAAAAUGUUCUGGAUAUCGACGUCAGAGGACAACAUUUGAAGGUAGUGGACUUCCCGGGAGCGGAGCGGUUGCGGAAGCAGUUGGUGGAAAAAUGGCUAAAGAAGGAGCGUUCGUCUUUGCGAGGCAUAACAUUCGUAGUAGAUUCGUCGUCUUUCUCGAAGAGAUCUCGUGAUGUGGCAGAGUUUCUUUACGAUGUUGCCUUAGAAAGCGGGAAGAAGAUACCAAUUCUUGUUGCCUGCAAUAAGCAAGAUCACGGCUUGGCGAAGAGCAGCCAGGUGAUUCGUCUAUCACUGGAGAAAGAGAUGGGAUUAAUAAACAAGACACGUGCUGCUGCUCUUACGUCCACGGAUGGAUCAUCAUCGCAUAGAACGCUUACGGACACUGGCGCCAACUUUUCAUGGGAUGAUUUACCAAAACCAGUCGAAUUCGUAGAGUGCUGUGCUGUUGAUGGUGCUACUGUUGGUUUAGAAGCCAUUCGAGACUGGAUCAAGUUGUGA